AUGUCACCAAUUCAUUUUCUAUCGCUCGAAACUCGCCAGAUCAUCCUCGGUUACCUUGACAUCGACUCUCUACUCUCUGCCAUUCGCAGCUGUCGGCCAUUCUAUCUGGCUUACAAGGGGUAUGAGGCAUCUGUGCUGAAAUCAUGCCUGUAUACUACCAUCACUCCCGAGAUACUACCAUAUGCCAUACUCACCCUAGAUACCGCCAAAUCAGCGCACGGGGAUGUGAUUGAAUACCUCAUGCUAAUCCUCGAGCUAAUUAGAAAGCGAUUGGGGAAUCCCACGGAGACGCUCCGCAAAUGGAGUUGGGAUCUAUGUGAAAUGAAGGAACUACUCUUCGUCCACAGGCAUCUCUCCUUUUUCAUAGACGAUUACAGCAAGAAGGCUCUGGAAGAGUUCCACAACUCGUUCGGAGAGACAGAGGUUUGUGUUCCCUUAUCACGAAAUGAAUGGGCCCGCAUAGCCCGAUCAUUCUACGCUCACCUGGUUAUACGGCAAACAUGCCUGAAUCGCUUCGCUGGGCGGAAGCACUAUGAGUCCAUCAGUGGAAGCGAGGCUUUCGAAGCCCUAGUCACGCAUAUGGCUAAAAGGAUAUCGUCAAACUGCAUUGACCUGGAGCAGCUUUACAUCGUGAGCGCUUAUUUUCGUGACAUCAAAUUUACUAAGGGCCCGAUUCGAAGGCUCUCCCGCGUUGGAUAUCUUCGAUAUUAUAAUGAGGGGGCCAGUCAGUGGUCAAAGAAGCAUGUGAGACACGCUACGGAGUGUCAUCAAGCUUCCAUGCUGUUACUGGCUCGCCGAGCACUCGAUCCAAGUUGCUCACAAGUGUACCUACCAGUUACGGAGGGCAUACUCCCGGUAACAUGUGGACUCUGCAAUACAAACAUGGAGGAAGGAAUUGCCCGUCUUUUCCGUGAGCGCGGUCGCUCUCCAGUACCUAACCCCAAUCUGGCACAGGCGUGCCUUUCUAGUAUAAGUGAUCGAACAUGCCGUGCGACGUUUAGGGAGGAUCUCGGAACAUAUAAGUAUGGGAUAGUAAUGUGGGAUAAGUUAAGGAUGCUCAACUCGAGGCUCAAGGAUAUUUAUCGGACAGAUUGCAGCGUGCCUCUAAUGUUCUAUAUAUAUGAGUCCAUGAUGGUGUCUUCUGCGGAGCAAAACAAUGACGCUUCCUGGAAUGAGACCGCAGAAAUUUCGACGAUACUACCGGAAGAGAAAAAGGCAGAGAACACGGCUAUCGCGUUCUUCGAUGGCUCCCCUCAACAACCGGAACGUCAAGCUGUCUCACGGGCAGUAUCGCCUGACCUCAUGUCAUGGUGCUCAGAUGAAUUGCGCGCAGUGAAAAAGGAAAAGGCAAUGAGGAGUGAUUUGUCAAUUGGUGCUCAUCAUCCGGGAACAAGCUGGGGUAGCCCGCUUGGACCGGUGUCGAGUUGCCAGCCUUAUUCUCGGGUUUGCCGGUGGGAGAAGUGA